UGUACUUAACCAAGUUUAUCGAAUAUUUUUGAAUUGAAAUUUCUUAAUUUUAAUAUACGUAAUGAAUGAAUACGGUUCUAGAUUAUUACCACCUGCUAAAGAAACUAGUACUCGUGCUGCGUGUAAAAAAUGUGGCUACGCUGGUCAUUUAACAUAUCAGUGUCGAAAUUUUAUCAAAGUAGACCCAAAUAAGGAAAUAGUUUUGGAUGUAAGUAGCACUAGUAGUGAAUCAGACAUGGAUUACUUGACUCCCCUUACAGAACUUAGAGAGAAAGAAUUGAAGGAGAAAUUAAAAAAUACUAAAAAGAAAAAGAAACACAAGAAAAAAAGUAAAAAAAGAAAAAAUUAUACAUCGAGUGACGACGAGGAGGAAGAUGUUUCUAGUAGCAGCGAUGUUGACAAGAAAAAGAAGAGACAUAAACUCAAAAAAGAGAAGAAGCACAAAAAGAUUAAGAAGAAAGAAAAAGACACUGAUUCCGAAUCUAAUAGUGAUUAGAUAAAUUGUGAUUGUUUUAGAUGUAUUUUUUUAUCAUAAACGUAAUUUUAAUAAUAGUGAAUUAAUUAAAAUCUGUUUGGUUUUUAAAAUAGGUAAUUUUGCCCAAAUUUCCAUCAACAGUUGUCUUCAUAUGCUAUUAAAUGUGCUUAAUAAACUAUUUUAAUAAU